CGAGGAGUCCGGGUCAGCGUUGGCAUUUAGAAAUUACAACUUGUUGCUGGGUCUAGUAGCUCUGAGGUUUAAAUCUCCUGACAAAAGUGGAAGAGCUUGCUUUUGCUUCAGCAACCUUCGCAAUUGUUUCCCCUUUGACUUGAGACGGCUCAGCGGCCAAGUCGACCGUGGCAAGUGACUUUCCCUGUGACCGAGUCGAUCUGAGGGAGCCCGAGAAGGGGACGGCAUGUUCGCCCCUUGCUCGAGUUGGGGGCGCAGCGGCUUCUGGCUCCGUCAGCCUUGGGUGUGGGUCGAUAAGGCAGCCGGGCGCUGGGCGUGUCGGACUUGCCAGGCGCGGCCCUACGGCUCGCGUGGGGAUGAGCGCAGUCCCGAGUCGGAGCCUGAAGUCACUCUGCCUGGUCCCGCGCGCAGGACGCUGAAGGAAUGGAUGCUACUGGUGAGCCCGUUCGGCCGACUGCGGGCGCAGCUUCCGUGCCAUCUGGCCGUGAGGCCUCUGGACCCCCUCACGUAUCCGGACGCCGACCGCGUGUUGGUCGCGGUGAACGGCAUGGAGGGCAGGGCGGGCGACCUGGACAGCCUGUUGGUACAGUAUGACGGGGAGUUGAAAGAGAUGGCCAUUGUGUGUGUGUCUGAGACCAUCGACCCCCAGGCCUCCGUGGAGGUGAACGCGCCACUGAAGUUUGAUUUGAAUAUCAAGUCAUCAGGGUCUGGAUGUAUAAAAGUCCAGAAUAUUGAAUGUGAUAAUUGCAAAAUUGAAACUGAACAAGGGACCAGCAUCUUACAAAAUGUUAAGAGUCAAAAAGUACAUGUUCAGACAAAAGGAGGCAAGGUGAUGUGUCUGGGAACAGUUCAUGGAAAUGUAGAUAUUCAUGCAUCAGAUGAAAGUAGUGUGACCAUAGAUAAACUGCAGGGGAGUUCUGUUAACAUAUCUACUGAAGAUGGUUUGCUGAAAGUCAAGUAUCUUUAUACGGAAUCGUCAUUUCUGUCUUCUGUUGCUGGGGAUAUUACAUUAGGAAGUGUUCAUGGUAAUAUAACAUUACAAAGCAAGAUGGGUAACAUCAUAAUAGAUUCAUCCUCUGGAUGUCUGAAAGCCUCAACUCAUCAGGGUGCCAUUGAUGUUUAUGUCAGCCAACUGGGAGAAGUGGACUUGAAAACCCAUAAAGGCUCCAUUACUGUCAAGGUCCCAUCUUCUCUUCAAGCUCAUUUACAGUUAUCAGGGAAAGAGGUUGAUAUGAACUCAGAGAUCCAUGUACAGGAAAUGGCUGAAGCCCACAAAGAUGAUUGUAUAACAGUUACUGGGCUUAUGAAUCAAGCAAGCGAAUAUGGAAAUUGGAUUAAGGCUGAUGCCCCAAAAGGCACUACUCUGCCUUGGCCUAAGACCUUGUAUGAGAUGAUUUGAGAAUUGAACCAGUCUAUUGCAAUGGCUCCAAGGUGUGAAAAGAAAAAUGCCUGGAACCCACAGAAGCGAAGAGAAAUGGCAAAAAACAACUGGCCUCCUGAUACUUAGCUUCAGGCUUUGGUCAAUUCAUUCUCAUACCAAGGAGCCUUUAAAAAAUUAAUGAGACAGAUAAUUAAGAGGCUAUAUUGUCACCAUGGUAGGUUUCAAUACUUGUGAAUGAUUUGUAGUUAUAAACAUACUGACCAUGUAUAAUUCAUCACCAUAUAAGAAGUAUAACAAUAUUAGAAAUAUUAAUAUUUGAGCUUUUAUUUUAAUAAUUUUUGGUCUACCACCACUAGAUCAUAUCAUAUUCAUGGAAAAACCCUCAUGUAACUGCAUAAUUAACCCUUAAAUAAACUGCAGUAGGUAAAUCAUGAUUUAACCUUCAAGGAAACUUCUGGCUUUUUCUCCUAGUAGGUUAGAUGCAACUAAAUGUUUUGUACAUUUUUGUAAUUAUACAGUUAUGGAAGCUCCUAGUCUUCUCCAGGAUCUUUGUUUUAAAGGAGAUUUUACCAGUCAGGGUUCUCCAGAGAAACAAAACUAACAAUUUGUGUGUGUGUGUGCAUAUACAUGUGUAUAAAGACAUUUGUUAUACGGAAUUGUCUCAUGUGAUUGUGGGGGCUGACACAAUCUGAAUUCCAGUACAGCAGGCCGUGGGCCGUAAAUUCUGGGAGGAGUGAUGUUGAAAUCUACAGGGGAGGGUGUAAACUCCAGGCAGAAUUCCUUCUGAUUCUUGAAACCUCAGUUCUUGCUUUUAAGACCUCGGAUUGAAUGGAUGAGACCCACCCACAUUGCUGAGGGUAGUCUCCUUUACUUCAGUCAAUUGAUUGUAGAUGCUAAUCCCAAAUACGAAAUAUCUCUUCAUGACAACAAGGGCAGUGUUUGACCAAACAACUGGAUAUCAUAACCUACCCAAGUUGACACAUAAAGUUAACCAUCACAGAGAGUGUUUGCUCUAUUUCCAUUUUAUACAGUUGAACAUUCUACUACAUUCCAUUAGAACCUUAGUACCCAGUGUCUGAAAUUAGGGGGAAUUGACAUUGCUUGACACUCAUACCUCUUAAGAGAGAUUUUUUCUUAACAGUGUUACAUUUUCCCCAUAGGUAUUGUAACAUUAUCCAGACACAAUGAAAUACAGAAAAAAUUUGAAAAAAAAUUUCCCCCCUAAGCCAUGUUAUCAAUCAACCAUUUGGAACGGCAAUUCUGCAUUUUCACCCUUCAUUUCCAUAAAACUGAAGUUACACUAGUUUGCUGAGAAAGUAUAGGACCAAUGACCAGUCAUUAAAGCACUCUGGGCCUUAGUUUUCUUGCCUGUAAAAUUAGGGCAUUGAUUUAGAUGGUUCUAAAAUUCUUCAGUCCUAGAACUCUAGAAUUUGAUGCUAGGGUCUAGAGCCCCAUGUAACUUGUCACCUUCUACAGCCUAUGAGUUUCUAUGGGCAGUAAUCAAGAAUUAAUUCAAGUUAAUUCAAUCUCCUGGGAAUCCCUGAACACAUCAUUGUACUAGAGUACCCUAUAGGAUUCCUUUGCCCCCACUAACUCGCUACCUGGCAUCUUCCUUCCAUUGAUGUGCAGAGUAUUUUAACACUCUCAUAUUAGUCAUUAUAAAACUUCUUGUAAAGUCUCCCUCCAAUCCAUGGAAGCCCACUGUGAUGGUUAAUUUCAUGUGUCAACUUGGCUAGGUCAUGGCAUCCGUUUGUUUCGUCAAGCAAGCACUGGCCUAAUUGUUACUGUGAGGGUAUUCUGUAGGUGGAUUUGCAUCUAUAAUCAGUUGUUGCAUCUAUGCUGAUUGCAUCUAAAAUUAACAAAGGAGAGUUACCCUCAGCAAUGAGAGGCAUUUCCUCAGUCAAUCAGUUCAAGUUCUUAAAAGCCAAAACUGAGGAUUUCAGAAGUCAGAAAAAAUUCUCUACUUCAGCUAGCUAGCUUCCCCUGGGGAAUUCACCUUCACCUUUAAUGGAGUUUCCAGCUUGCAACU